AUGGGUGUUCCUUUAAAUAACAUCAUUGGAGGUGGACUCACUGACCCAAUUACUGGCAAUAAUUAUUCCGCUUGCAAUAUGGCUGGUAUUGGAACAUAUAUUGUGAACAUUCAGGGCACUGAGCUUUUCGAUGGAGAUCCAACUCUUCAUCCUCUUACCGCAGCAAUGACCCAUGGAUUUGAUUUGGACUUAAUAUUUACUAGACAAAUUAAUUCAAAGUAG